CCGGGCGGGCAGUGACAGCGACGAAAUAAAGUACGCGUGUUGAUGACGUCAUCUGACGACACGUCACCACACGGAAGAAGGAUUUUCCAAUCCAACCUCCUGCUGCGGUACGAGAGCCGAGUCUUCGUCAAAAUGGGUGGUUUCUUCUCGAGUCUGUUCUCGGGCCUCUUUGGCACCAAGGAGAUGAGGAUCUUGAUACUGGGUUUGGACGGCGCGGGGAAAACCACCAUUUUGUAUCGGCUGCAGGUCGGCGAGGUUGUCACCACCAUUCCCACAAUCGGCUUUAAUGUGGAGACUGUCACAUACAAGAAUCUGAAGUUCCAGGUUUGGGAUCUGGGAGGACAGACAAGUAUCAGGCCCUACUGGAGAUGUUACUACUCCAACACGGACGCCGUCAUCUACGUGGUGGACAGCAGCGACCGCGACAGAAUGGGCAUCUCAAAGUCCGAGCUGGUGGCCAUGUUGGAGGAGGAGGAGCUGAAGAAGGCCAUCCUGGUGGUGUUUGCAAACAAACAAGACAUGGACCAGGCCAUGACGCCCGCCGAGGUGGCCAACGCACUGGGUCUUCCCGCCCUCAAAGACAGGAAGUGGCAGAUCUUCAAGACCUCAGCCACCAAGGGCACAGGCCUGGACGAAGCAAUGGAGUGGCUAGUGGAUUCGCUCAAGAGUCGGCAGUAAAGAAAAAAGAA